AUGCUCUCCCCCACCACCCUCGCCCUCCUCGCCCUCCUCCCCACCACCCUGCUAGCAGAAGGCCUCUACAGCAAAAACAGCCCCGUCCUCCAAAUCGACGGUCGUUCCUUCCGCGACCAAAUCGAGAAAUCGAACCACACCUCCCUCAUAGAAUUCUACGCCCCCUGGUGCGGCCACUGCAAAAGCCUCCAGCCCGCCUUCGAAAAAGCCGCCAAAUCCCUCUCCGGUCUAGCGAAAGUGGGAGCCGUGAAUUGCGAUGCCGAGGAGAAUAAAGCCUUCUGCGGCACGAUGGGGGUGAAGGGGUUUCCUACGCUGAAGAUUGUCCGGCCUGGGAAGAAGGUGGGGAGGCCGAGUGUGGAGGAGUAUCAGGGGGGACGGACGGCGAAGGCGAUGGUUGAUGCGAUUGUGGAGAGGAUUCCUAAUCAUGUGGCGCGGUUGAAGGGGGCGGAGUACCUGGAUUGGUUAGAGGGGGAUAGGAGUAAGGCUAUUCUAUUCAGUGAGAAGGGGACGAUUAGUGCGUUGCUUAAGGCUUUGGCGGUAGACUUUUUGGGUGUGAUAGAUGUUGCGCAGGUUGGGAAGAAGGAGAAAGAAGCACUGGAGGUGUUUGAUGUGGGCAAGUUUCCUACUUUGGUUUUGAUUCCUGCGGAUGGUGGUGAUCCGGUGAAGUACGAGGGGGACAUGAAGAAGUCUGCGCUGGUGGAGUUCUUGUCCAGGGCUGGGACGCCAAAUCCGGACCCGGCGCCUGCUCAGAAGAACGCGGCGAAGAGUUCGACGAAGAGUGAUAAGUCGAAAGCGACCAAGUCUUCUUCCGCUUUCUCCAAGGCUUCGGCUUCACAUAGAUCCCAGGACUCGCAAUCAGCAAAAGCUAGCCAGACGAGUGAGACCCUGGAGGAUGCCAGCAAUCCAACCGAGUCACCGAGUCCGAACGUGGUGGACGACGAAACUCAAGUCCCCGUUAAACUCCCCGAGCCCGCCAUUCCGAUCUCCUCGCUCCCAGACGGCCUCUCCCUUCAGCAGAAAUGCCUCAAUACGAAAGCCGGAACAUGUAUCCUCGCCCUCUUACCCUCAUCGCUAGAAGAUCCUAAUGUCGCACGCGUUGUGGCUAGUCUAAGUGAAAUCCACCAUAAGCACGAACAAGCGAAGCGGAAUCUCUUCCCUUUCUACCAGCUCCCAGCCAGUAACAGCCAAGCCGCUGCUCUCCGGUCGAAACUCGCUUUACGACCAGAAGGCGUGGAAAUGAUAGCCGUGAAUGGCAAACAAGGCUGGUAUAGACACUACCCCAAAAUCUCCUUCACCCAAGCUGAAGUCGAAGAUUGGAUCGACGCCAUCCGCAUGGGCGACGUCGCGAAAUCUUCUUUACCGGAUGCUCUGGUCGUGCCGCUGGAAUCACUCCCUGCUGAGCCGGUGGUGCUUGAGGAGCCCUCUGCACCUCCUAUUCCUGUCGCGAGUGGGACGCCUUUGACAGAGGACGAGGAAGCGAAUGAGCAGCUCAAGAAGAAAUUGAAGGGUCAGUUGCCGGAGGGCAUGGGGUUUGAGAUGGAGGAGAUUAGUGAUGAGGAUUAUGAGCGGUUGCUGCGGCAUCCGGGGAGAUUGAACCCGGAGGAUGGAGGGGAGGGAGGGGGAGAGGGAGAGGGUGGGGAGCAGUUCGUGCAGGAAGGGGGGCAUGAGGAGCUGUAG